ACCACCAGUGCCAGGGACAGGAGAGAACCCAGGAGUCCUGGCUCCCAGCCCCCCUGCUCUAACCCACUAGACCCCACUCCCCUCCCAGAGCCAGGGAGAGAACCCAGGAGUCCUGACUGUUACUGCUGCCUCCACGCCCAGAGGCAUAAGCCGCAGCUAUCUCAGCACAGGGGAUUAGCUGUCUCCUGGGUUGCCAUGUCCCGAUCGAGCGCGAUUAGAAGUGACCUGUGACUGGGAUGAAAGUCCGCUCUCCUCGUCGCGUUGCACUUUGAGUUGUUUUCCAGGCUGCUGGCCUGGCAGCCCCCUCGGAAGGAAGAGGACCGAACCCAGCAGGGUGGGAGAUUGCCUGGCCUCCAGCCCCGAACCUUAUUCCAACUGUCCAGCACUGCUGAGGGCAAGGCCAGGCACCCAGCCCCAUCUCGGCAGGCACUUCAGCGGCUGGGAACACUUGGGGAUUGGAGAAGCAGCCCCCGAAGGAUCUGUAUGGGCCAGGAGGGGACAGGCAGGUUCAUUCCACAGCGGCGGAGAUUCUCCUCCAAGGAUCCACUCCGGAGAGCAUUUAGCGCCUGAGCCGGAGGCUGGUUGGUCACUGCAGAUCCCACAUCCCCCUUUGGCUGCCCACGUCCUAGCCGUCCUCAUGGGCUCCGACUCCCUGCUGGGUUACCCCAAGAUGAAGGUCUACAGAGAAAAAGAGGAUGUCACUCUGGACCCAGACACAGCUCACCCCAGUCUGACCCUUUCCAAGGACCGGAGAAGUGUGACAGCCACAAACACAAGGCUGGCUCUGGCCAAUGACCCGGGGAGAUUCGACGUUUACUCCUGCGUGCUGGGCUCUGCUGGCUACAUAUCAGGGAUGCAUUACUGGGACGUGGAGGUGGCCGGCACAGGGGGCUGGGCUCUGGGUGUCACCAGGGAGUCCGCCAGCAGGAAGGGAUGGUUCAAUUUCAGUCCCGAGCAAGGCACCUGGGCUAUCCAGCUUUCCGUGGGCCAGUACCGGGAAGUCACCGCAGAAUGGAGCCCGCUGGACCCGCCCCAGAGCCCCAGCAAGAUCAGAGUGUAUUUGGACUAUGAAGGAGGGGUUGUGUGCUUCUAUGAUGCAGACACCAUGGCCCCCAUCCACGCCUUCAGCUCCUCUUUCAAGGGGAAGAUCUACCCGUUCUUCUGGGUCUGGUCUGUAGGGACUUCCCUUAGACUCUGUCCCCCCGCAACUCUCCAAUAACUGAGGGCACGGUCUCGAGGCUGCUGACUUUUCGAUGGACAUUGGAUAGUGUUUUGUCUCAGCCGGAGAUUGAAGUGUGAACACCGUAACGCGUCUGGAUUUUAGCCUAUGCAGGGCUGGCUCCAGGUACCAGCCGACCAAGCAUGUGCUUGGGGCGGCAUCUUAGAAGGGGCAGCCAAUGUUGGGGUGGCGGGGGGGCACUCGCGGUGUUUUUGUUUUUUGUUCAGCGGGGCGGCGCUCGAGGGUUUUUUUUGUUUGUUUUGGCCGGGCAGCCCGGGGAGUGUUUCAGCGGCGCGGCACUGGGGGGCGGGGGGGAUCUGGGCGGCCCGGCGUGGCGCGGCGCACCGGGGGUUGGGCGGCCCGUCCCAGCGCUCGGGCGGGGGAGCGGGGAUUUGGCUGGCCCGGACCUCUGGGGGUUUGGGCGGCCCGGCCCGGCGCUCCGGAGGGUUGGGGGUUUGGGCAGCCCAGCCCGGCACUCAGGCAGGGGUUUCGGCGGCCCGGCGCGGCACUGGGGGGAGGUUGGCAGCGCAGCGCUCGGGGGGGGGCUGUUACAGCGGGGCGGCGCUCUUCUUUUUUGCCUGGGACGGCAAAAAAGUUAGAGCCGGCCCUGAGCCUAUGAGGCAGCAUCUCCCAUAAACACCUCUGUUCUGCCUGCCACACUGCCCCUUGUGCAUGAAUGGGAAAUGCUCCCUAAUAAAACUCAAUCAGCUGUUA